GGGCAGGAGGUGAUAUUUGACGGGGCGGCGCGGGCCAGCCUUGCGGAGCCAAGGGCACCAAGCAGCGGGCGAGAGAUGGCCUCUCCGGACCUGCCGCCCCCCACCAGCUACGCCCCGCCCGAGGUGCCCCUGGGGUUCCUGCUGUUCAUCACCAUCCCCUAUGCCUUCUUCUUGCCCGAGCUGAUAUUUGGCUGCUGGGUCUGGAUCCUGGUAGCUGCCACCCAGGUAGCAAAUCCAUUGCUGCAAGGAUGGGUGAUGUAUGUCUCGCUCACCUCCUUUCUCAUCUCCCUGAUGUUCCUGUUGUCUUACCUGUUUGGAUUUUACAAAAGAUAUGAGUCCUGGCGAGUCCUGGACAGCCUGUACCAUGGCACCACCGGCAUCUUAUACAUGAGCGCCGCGGUCCUGCAGGCACACGCUACCAUCAUGUCCGAGAUGAAUGACCUGAAGAACUACUUCAUCAACACCGCAGCCUCGUUCUUCGCCUUCAUCACAACCCUGCUCUACAUCCUCCACGCCUUCAGCAUCUACUACCACUGAAGCGGCAGGAGCCGGGCGCGGGGUGGGGAAGCACCCCAGCAGCACCUACUAUGGGCUCCCGAAGCUCGCAGUCAACGUGGGCCCCGUGGGUGACAAACAGAACAUCAGCAAGACCCUCGGUGGGCUGAGGACAGACCAGCUUCUCACACGGAGGGACAUAGUCGCACUCUGGCAUCUCCGUUUGGACAUUUUAAUUCAUUAUGGCGAAUAUGAAAAAGAUUGGGGGGCGGGGGUGUUGUUUGCUUAUUUGUUUGGUUGGUUGGUUUGGGUUUUGCCUGGGCGAGUAACUGUCCCUUCUCACAGGGAACCUCACUUUCCUGGAAAACUGGUAUCCGACGUCCUCACAGGGGAGAAUCCCAUGUCUGCCAUUUGUCACACCUGUUUGGGGAUUCUACCUCAGCAGUGAGGUUCCCCCAGAGCAGGUUUAAGGGAACACUUAGUCUUGUUUUGUUAAAAUCAAAAUGGUGCUGCCGAUGCCUUCAGAAGAAGACCCACAGACCUGGAUCCUGACACAUGGUCCUGACCUUGUUUUGGAGCGGUGGUCCAAAUCCGCUCUCCCGUGCCCCCCGGGGAGCUGAUGGGGGACGAGCCACACAGCCCACUCCCACCCCAGUUCCACUCCUCCUUCCCUUUUCUCCCCAGUUUUGGGAUCCAAGGAAAAUCUUCAUAAAAGCAACUUUGAUGAUA